GGACUUGCUUCAGCAGCACAAUUCUGGUGGCGUCCAUCUUGGCUCUGCUGGAUGUGUUUGUUUUGACCACCUGGCAAAUGGUGGACCCUCUCAGGCGGGUGGUGAUGCGGCACAGGCCACAGGGUGACUCCGCCCCCCUGGACGUCGUCUCGUGCUCGCCCUCUGAUGGCUGCAACAGCAACAACAUGGAGGAGUGGACCGCCUUCAUCUACGCUUACAAAGCAGCGCUGCUGGGUGUGGGAUGUUUCGUGGCGUGGAACAUCAGGAGGCGCAGCACGGGCUUGGCGUUCAGUAUGUCGGCGGUGGCGGCGGUCAGCGUGGCGGGGGCCGCUGCUCGCCCACAAUCCUUCACUUCACUUCUGCGUGACCAGCGCUCUGGUCCUCGCCUGCGACCUCCUGUUCCUUGCCGCCAUGUUCGAGGUCCGCAUCGGCCAGCUGCACGGCGGAGGGGGCGGGGCCCCAGAGGGAGAAGCUACAAGGGGCGAGGCCGCAGAGGCGCUCAACCGACGGCUGAAACAGGAAAGGGCUGAGGUGAGGACAAAGAUGGAGGAGGCGCAGGAGGUCCAACCUGUCAUAGGUAAUUGUCUUCACAGCUGGACGCUAGCAUUGACACACUUUGCCACGCUUUGGAGGCGCAGCUUGCUCAGAGCGCCACAGGAAGCUGUUCGCCACUUAAAUCCUGCAUGCGUGACGACAGCGGUCCGGCGGCGGAGGCCGGGUCAGAGGUCAGAGAGAAUCCAGCCGACGUCAAAGCUCCUGACCUGUGGGUUCACUUCCUGUCACGUGUCGAUUACCCGGCGGCCCCAAUGCGUCACGCGUCGUCUUGUCUUGUCUCCGAAAGCGUGCGGCGCCGUCUGUCCGUCCAGUCAGAGCCGGCCCAAGGCAUAAGCGUACUAAGCGCUUGCUUAGGGCCCCGCGGCCACCAGGGGGCCCCCAAAAGCAAUUAACAAAAAAUUAUUAUUUUUUAUUUUUUGCAUGUAGGAGUCUGACUGAUGAUUUCUAAAUGAUCAAAGAUAUAUUAUUGUACAAAAACACAAUUUAAGGUCAACAUUUUUGCACAUUGCUGUUUCAGGUUUUUGUUACCAAAAAUAAUAAAGUGAAUCAGAAUCAGCUUUAUUGUCCAGUUAUGUUUAACACACAUGGAAUUUAACUUCAGUAGACUGCGCUCUCUUUGUACAAAGUAAACAUUAAAUAUGAACAAUUAACUAAAAAUAUAAACUAGUAAUUAAAGACUAAUAUGUACAAGACUGAUGAGACAAGAUGACACUUUUACUGUAAAUACAAAGCUUUAUCACUUGGACUGUUCAACCCCAGGCCACUCUUGUAGCUGAAUGUUUUCUACAUUUUAAGAUUAGGAACCAUAUGUGGCACUCUGGACAUCAUUCGUUCAUUCAUUGGUAUUAUUUUUGUUCUUAACUGGGCCACCCCCAUAUCUUUAUAAAUGACAUGUCAUUUGUAAAGACAUGCCAGGCUGACAAUAGGAUAAUGUAAACAACACUGCCAGAGCCGCAAUGAGUUUAUAUAUUAUUUAUAUAUUAUUGGCAGAAAUAGAGGGCCCCAAAAUCAAAUUUUGCUUAGGGCCCCAUGGAGGCUUGGGCCGGCACUGCGUCCAGUUGCCCAUCCUUCAUCACUCCUACCUGGCUGUCAUUGGCGCCGUCAGCGCCAGUAGCUCCGCCCACUUUGGAAGCAGGGAUACGCUCAACGCCACUUCCGGGAAGCCGCAGCUCUGACGACAUCUUUGUC